UACUUUCCCAUCUUUAUAAUUCUGUUAUCCUAAUAUAUUUUGUUUUUGUCCUAAGUUUUUAUAACUCGACGAAUGUUCAAAUUUCUACCAGUUAACAUAAAAAGGAUUAAGAAUAACAUAUAAAGGAUAAAAGCGCAAAAAUAAAAAAAAUAAAUAAUAUCUGUUGUUAACCUAACCUGUGUAUUUUUAUAUAAUAAAAACAUGAGUAAUGUGAAAAAUCAUAGCAAAAAAGGUCGAGGAAAACAUUCACAAAAGAAAAUCGAACCUAUAGAAGAACCUAAAAAAGAGUCAAGGUUAUUAGUCCAGCCUAAACAAUCUUAUGCUGCAUACGAUAUUGCAGAAACUAAUGAUGACAGUAAAGAUUUUGAAUCUCUCAUAAAGAUGCCAACUUCAGCGGAUGGGCAGCUUGUUCUUAAAUCUGAAAAGAAUUGGUCCGCUGAUGUAUUAGGAUGCUUUGAUUACUUUACUUUAGAUUUAAAUUUAGUUUCUGCUGCUAUGAAAUGCAUUCCGUUUAACGAAUGUGUUCAAAUAGAAGAUAAAUAUUUCACAGUUGAUCAAUUAACAAGUUUUCACAAUGCUGUUAAAGAAGGAAAAAAAGCUUAUAAGAAUAUUUUGUCUAAUUUAGAAAUCUCUGAUUCAUCUGACAUAACAAAUCUUAAUAGAUCAUUAGAGAGUAAAAAUGAAGAGCAAGUAGACAUGAGUUUAGGUUUUAAAAAGACUAUGAGUGAUAAUAAAAUAACUAUAGCUGAGGAACAAAAUAAAAAUGAUGAUACAGAAGAAGAUUUAGAUUUCUUAUUAUCUCUUGAAUCACCUACCUUACAAAGUAAUAUAAAACAAAUGCCUUUGCCAAAAAUACAAUUUAAAAAUGGUUUCAAAACACAGUCUGCUACUUUAUCGACUAAGUCAAAUGAUUUUGACACCUUAUUAGAUUCAAUAUUAGGUGAUUAAACAUGAAAUUUGUGUUUUUUGUUAUGAAGGAAUUCUAAAAAUUCAAUAAGAUUAAAUAUAAAUUGGAAAUUAUUAUUACAGUUAUUACAAAAGU